GAAGAAGACGACGAAGAAGAAGGGUCUCUGUUUGCCGGAUGUAGCCAAGGAAGAAGCUUCUUUUAGCUAAUCUAAGUGUACUGGUCAUCUUUGUAGUGAUACCGAAUUUUCCCGAAUAAAAACGGAAAUAUCAAACCGAGGGAGCUACAGCUGUGGUCAGUGAGUAAAGCGGGAAACAUGUCCAGCCGUCUGGCCUUUCAGACCCAGCUGGCCUCCAUCAUGGAGGUUCUGGCCAACGCGGCGGUGGCCGAGAUUUGUAAACUGGUAGACGACGACUACGCCGUGGUCAAUUUACAAAUGUCUCAGUGCCAGAGGGAGAACAAAGCUUUGAAGAGGAAGCUGCACCUGCUGGAGCUGAAAAUGGCCCGUGGAAACGCCGAGAGGAGGCUCCGUGAGAGCGCCCUGAACAAUAGCAGAGCCAGAGUGCAGAUCAGCGACCGACUGCGCGAGUCUCCGCCAUCCGCCGAGGCUGUGUUUGAGCGCCAGAUGGAUGUGUCUUUGUGGCCUGGUAGAACUAUUGCGGGGGAAACCACCAGUGAACCAGCAUGCCGAGACAGAGAUACCAGUAAGUCACCAGAUGUGGAACUGGUGGAGCCUGAGCCAGUCCUGGUGAAAGAGGAGAAGAUGGAGGGAAACAUGUUACAAGAUCGUCAAAUAGAGGAAGCUGUGUCAGUCAUUGGAGAUGCUGGAGUGGUGGAGUGUGGACCUCGUGGAGUUGGCACACAAAGACCCAGCCUUGAACAACAGGAUAUCCAGUCUUCUUCUAACCAGACCCAGGCGCCGAGCACCAGGCGACACACCAGCAGCAACAGAGGAGUGGAGAAGGAAGAGGAGGCCGACGUGGUGCUGGUUAAGGUGGAAGAGGCAGCACCAGGGACUGUUCCAAGAUCCCAGAGUCAGACAGGUCUCAGUAUACAGGAAGGGUUAGUGGAGUCGAGCACCGAUGACUACAAAGGACCUCUUGCUUUUGAUGAAACGACACAAAAUUCCAGCCAUCAGCUGUGUGACCUGCAGGAGUCUAGCCGGGGCUUCUUAGAGUCAAAUCCUGUUAUAGAAGAGUCCAGUGGCGUUGACCCAGUGCAGUUGAGGGUGCCAGAUACCAAGACCCAACAUCUACAAAGAUCCAACAACCCAUCCAGCUCAGAGUGCUCACUGUUUGAACUGGAGACAUUUUUUAAUCGCUGGGCUCCCACUGGAGACUCUGUAUCCCCCUCCGCUGGCCCUUCAUAUUCUUAUCCCUGUGCGGACUCAGACGGUGGCAAACAUGAUGAUGUUAUUGUCGUAGAGAGUGAGCUACAACCAGAAAUUGUGCUUCAGCCCUCAGAAGGAGGAAGUACUUCCGGAGUAAGGAUGGGUGGAAGCCAGAGUUUCCCCUCCAUUCCAGGCCAAGGCAGUGUUCACAUUCAGCCAGCUGGUUCACAAGCAGGCACACCUGUGUCAAUCCCACUGCGGAUGCAGGCUCAGUUUUCCCAGGUUCCAUGGAGCAGAACAUCUGCCACGAGAAGAACUGUGCAAGCUUCAUCAGUGCUUCAACAACAGCAUCAGAGUGGCAACCACAAGUCCCAGCAACCUCCACGAACCACACUGUCCACUUCUGCAGCUAGUCUGAGUAAUAAUAACAGUGCUGACAUAACAAGUACUUUUAGUAACACUUCAGCCUGUAGUACUAUGACUUCCACUGCAGUUUCCCAGUCAGCUUUACCCGUGCGAGGUUUGGGCAGCAUCGGGGGGGCCAUUGUUGCACAGCAACGGGCAAACCUUCUGGCUCGCCUUCAAAAAUCCAAGGCCAACACGGCUCCCGGUGAAUGCCGUAGGAGGAGCUAUGUGUGCCAAACCUGUGGCAAAGCUUUUUCCGGCCUGUCCAAUCUGGAGGCUCAUGAGCGCGUCCACACAGGUGAGAAGCCUUUUACUUGCUCCACCUGUGGCAAAUGCUUCUCGGAGGCCGGAAACUUAAAAAAACACCAAAGGGUACACACUGGAGAAAAGCCGUACAAGUGCGAACAAUGUGGGAAACGCUUCGCUUGGAUCUGCAAUCUAAGGACACAUCAGCAGUCUGUCACAGUGUGCGGGCCACAAGCCAGAGGAGGGCUGGGCAGGGCUAAUCGGUGAACGACGCCUUCAGUGGUGGUAGGGGCCGGACGAAACUUCAAGCAUGAGGUCACCUUUUUUACAACUUCAGUAAUGUUAAAACAUUGUUAGCGUUCAUAUGUCUGGAGGAUCAACUCAGUUGUGCUGAUUUAGUCAGGUUCACAAUGCCAACAAAUUAAACUUCAUUCAAAGUCCUGGUAAAUUAGCAAACCUAUAAAAUGUUGGUAACUAGGCCAGGCGAAUCUAAAUAUUGAUGUUUGCCUUUGUGAAACUACAUCUCAUGUGCUUAAAAUAAACAUUUUGCUUUAUCCUAGAUUUUAUUAAUAUAAAAACUUGAGUAAUUAUGCAAAUGUUUGCUUUUCACAGACAAAGAAUCCAAUUAAUCUGUCAAAAUACGAUUUGGGACAAUACAAAGCAAGCAUCUGCACUGUAAAUUCUUAAGAAUUUCUAACCCUAUUCCGCUGCUCCAUCAUGUAGUCGUGCACUUUCUGGCACAUCAGAUAUUUUUUGAAAGAUUCAUCCAGGGAUUUUGAAAUUUUCCAAACAGUUUGUCUCCUGACAGAAGCCAAAACACUUUCCAAUGAUCAGAUUAUUUUCUUUAUGCAAAGAUACUUUUCUUUCUUCAGGCUGCACGCUCCUUUUGGCUCCUGCACUGAAAAUAAAGAACCAACCCCAUAUUUGAGCAAAACUGAUUUUUAUCAGUCCACUGUCAAGAUACCGCUAUCAUAAGACAUGUUAAAAUGGAGGUGACCUAUGUUACUAGUGAAUUCCUUGUACCCAAACACAUAGCAUUACUAUUUAAGGAAGCUUGUAGGUUACCUAGAUAUUUACUAAUCUUUUUUUAAAAAUAUUGAUGAAUUGCUUUAUUUGUGAGAAAUUCCUUUUUGGAAAAAAUAGUUUUUGAAGUAAUGAAUGGUCUAAUGGUCUAAUCUGUCUUGGAGGUAAAAAUAUCUAUAUGUUCAAAAUAGCAACAAAAUAACAAACAACCCACUUUUAAAAUUGUCAGCACUUUAGUGGUGCAACGUCCUCUAAAAGCAAAAUUCUACUGUACCUGCAUUAAUUCCAUGGUACCUGCAUUAAUGGUAAACAUCCACCACGUGGAGAUAUUGCUCUAUUUAAAGAACCUUGGGACAUGACAAUCAACCUCUUGCUAAUAGUAGUAGAUGCCAAUAUUCUUAUUAACCCAAAUCUCAGUUUAAUUGAUUAUCUCCUAAUGUAGCUGUCCAAGUGAUCAGUCCAACACUAACCCAAAUUUUUCACGGGGGCUGGAGCCUAUCCCAGCAGUCAAAUUAAAACCUUCAAACAGCAAAAUACCACUAAGCCUCCAAAAAGGCAACAAAAUGAUGUAUAAUAUGAUGAGGUUAAUGAUUCAUUUGUGUUUACCUAGAAACAAACUACUGAGUGAAUAGGUUGUGUGUGUUGUAUUUAUUGUACAGUACGUUAGGUAUCUUUGGGACUGCAAAAUUUUUCAAGUGUAAUUACAUCUGACAUGAGGUUUUUGUCACGUUGCAGACAGGAUUUUUUAAAUCUAGAUGCACUGAAAUCUAUAUUCAUCCGUAACAACAAACCCUCAUGUAAUUUCUCUGGAAUCCUUUUUAGAUGUUUUGUGUAACAGAAGAUAAUUUUAAUUCAAUAAAACAUGUUUGCCUUUUUU